UGGAUAUAUUUUAGUUCACAUUUUCCAUGACCAUUUCGAAACGUUGGUUCUAUAUUUGAGCAAAUGUAUUGGUAUAAAAUAUUUGAACUGUUGUCUAGACGUCAGUUCUGAGACUACUGCCAGGUUGACAACAUCCUUACUACGUCUACGACUGUGACACCGACAUCAGCACACCUACCUGAAAAUGUCACUUCACGAUCUCAACAAAAAAUUGGAAAACUGGGUAAAAAAACAUGGCGGCUUUUCCGAAGAUGACUUGAAAAAGGGUCUGGUUCGGUUUGAAAUCGACACAAAAAAACUCCGAGUGAUCACUACAGACAAACCACCUGACCCAAAAGAUGAAGGAGGAAAGUCUGACAAAGACAAGAAAGAAGAAUCUGACAAAGACAAGAAAGAAGAAUCUGACAAAGACAAGAAAGAAGAAUCUGACAAAGACAAGAAAGAAGAAUCUGACAAAGACAAGAAAGAAGAAUCUGACAAAGACAAGGAAGAAGUAGGUGGGGAUGACAUGGGCUCAGGAGUCGUGUUCAAAUCGACGUACACCAACAAAACAGAUGUCCCCCAGGAACACACGUUCAUCAUGAACAAGCAGACAGAAGCCACACUGACCAGCACCUUGACCAAAGGUUUUACCACUGAUGGCAUUGUUGGUAUAAAGGUGAAGGUACCAGACGUCGUCUCCAACGCCACCAGCACCUUCGGCACGGACGUGUCCAUCGCAGAAGACGACAUGAGCAUUGUGAAACACUUGCUGGAUUGGUCCUCAAAAACCAAGGUAAACGUUGCACCGGGGGAGACGAUAGUGACGGAGCUGAGGAUCAGUGAAACCAAAUGUAAAGUCCAGUUUAACUCGACGGUCGCCAUGAAAGGCCGGGUGAUUGCCCGCGUGUACAGGGCCGACAGACAGAAUCCAAAGGUGAUGCAGUCGCCGCUUGCUACCAUCCUGUCUGACGACGAGACUGUAUCACAGAGGUCUGAUGUCUGUAUCGACUUGGACACCGGGAAGGUGACCUGGGACAUGUCAGGCUCUCUCCACUUCCGGUUCGGCGUGUCUCAGGACUGUGUGGUGUACGCCUUGGAAACAGAUAAUCCUCCAGUUACAAAAUGACUGUUACUUUGUCGGCAGAAGCUUCUCGUGGCAACGGAUGUAAACAAACUUGCCACCAGUGCGUCCAGUGUUAAUAAUCUGAAACAGAGAACGAUCACACCUGCAUAAGAGAUAUGCAGUUAUACAAAAUAUAUCUUGUACGUAUGGCAACAAAACUUAAAAGAAGAUACAAGUAACUUACUGUUCAUAAAAAAGAAUGACCAAGGCCAAGUGAAUGUUAAAAUACAUACCUACAUUUAGACAUUUGUUUAUGGAAAAUAGACCUAGAGGUUUUGGCUCAGUAUAGUCUGAUCAUGAACUCUCCCUGUGUAGUAGAAACACAAGAAAUUGAAUAAUUACACUGAGUAUUGUCUAAUUGGCUAGUUUUCAAAAGAAAAUGUGUUCAUUAUUUUUUCAGAAACAUAUAAUAAACUGUUUUUGUCUGUACUUUUAUAUCCUACCUUGCAAUAAAAAAUGUUGGUUGGUAA